AACAAUAUUGUGUUAUAUAAAAAUAAUAAAUUUCUUCAAUUUUAAUUUAAGAUGGACGAUGAGCGGUUUGAAUUGAAACCGUAUCUCACCGUAUCUGACCUUCGGAACAGUAUAGAUUCAUCAGUAGAGACCACUAGCAACUCCCCAGCACCAGAAACAAAGUGUAGUACAUUUGACGAAGGGUCUUGUGGUGAACCAUUGCUGUCUCAACAUUUGGUGAUAGAUUUCUCCCCAGUCAAGGAGUUAGAUAAUGAUGUUGUACAAAAGAAAUGUUGUGCAUUUUGGAAAUUCAUCCAGAGUCAUCCUGAACUGCAGAAUUUGAUAGAACCUCCAAACACAAAUGUAUAUCCCGAUAUAUCUGUAUCAAAUGAUAUCACGUAUCAAGAUGAAAGAACAGGCACAAUUAAGGAGCCCGAAGUGAAAGAGAUGACUGCAGUUUCCAUGCUGGAAUUCGUAAGGGAAGGUCUCAUCGAUCAUCGGACGUUUGAAGCGAAACUGCCUCGGUUCUUCUGCUCAUUAGGCUCUAGGGAAUACCCUGAUAAUGUUUCAUCUAACAACCCACGCGACGCAACUAAUAAACAUAAAAUGAAAACAUCUUGUAACUGCACUGGCGUUUGUAAAAAUUGCAAGAAAAGACCUUAUAAAGCAACCGCGAACUCUCAGACAGAAUUGCAAGUUUUAUGUGAGAAAAUGCGAGUGUGGGAUCAGGAGCAUCCUAAGUCACUGGAACCCCCUGGACAUCCGCCAUCUCUCAACCACUGCAUAAUGCAAAAUCAAAUCCUACUUUGAUGAUAUUGAUCUUCUUUACGAUAUUUACAUAAUUUUGCUAGUGGUAAUUGAUAGUAUUUUGCU